AAAUCUCUCACUGAAAUAUGUUGCUUUGUUGUUUAUUUUGCUUCAGUGGGACGACUUGAUACAGAAGUUAGGAAAGACUGAUCCGGCCGGGAAAGCCACUACAAUGUCCGAGCAGCUCAUCGUACCAACGAUUAUCCGGUACAGUACUACCCAGAUUGAAAACCUGGCCCAGGACGAGGACACGUGGUUUAUGGGUGAGCUGUGCGGCCACUCCGUGGGGAAAGCCGUUAACAUCACCAUGCUCCUCAACAACAACCCGGGCUGGGAGCCAACCAAAGGCGUCGUGAAUUUCGAAGUUGUCGACUCUAACUACCAGGAUGGCGUGUUGUGCACGAACAAGGAUGCCGAUGGCUAUGCAACCUCCAGUUGCCUUAUCGAAUCUUGGCCCAACAAGUUUGACAUCAUCAUCCUUGCUAAGGCUGGCCCUGUCUCCGGAAUCGCCUUGAGCUUAAAUGCAGAGUUCUAUGAGCAGGGCAGCCCAGCUGCACUUCACAUCAAGGCUAACAUCCCGAGCCUUCCGGGUCCCAAGACCCUGAGCUUGCCGGGAUUCAAUCCCCAGUCACUUCCUGCACUCCCGAUUCCCCUGACCGAGUCCGUGUCGGUCUUUCCGUCCUUCUCUCUGGGUUAUCUGCAGGAGGCCAUGAUCCAAUUCUCCUGGUGCAGCAACGCGGAAACUCACGUGUUCUCGGUCGAGUCCACCGUCACGUCUGCGGACGGCGAGAGCAGCUACGCGCAGUACGUCUGCGACAAAUUGCCGUGUGACGUCGGUAUGAACAACAUUGCUCAUAAUGGCGAACAGCUGACUAGCAACACCGUCUUGACUGACCCCAUGCAAUACAAAGAUAUCUACGUUGUGGUCGUCAACUGGGGAGGAGCGUACGACGCAGACGCAGACACUUACGUCGGCGAUUUCCUGUACAAUGCCAACCAAGUGAAACUCCUUUAAACAUAAAACAGACACGACGUCAGGCACCGCGCGGGGUAGUCUGGUUCCCUGACCCCAUUGUCCUUCGGACUUCAAUUUUUUUU